UGUUCCGUGCUGCUGUUGUUCAGUAUUCUGUAUACGAGUGCGCAGGAGACCAGACGUGAAUUUGAAGAGUUAUAGUCGUAUAUUUUGAAAUAUCUGGAAUAUCAAUAUAGCAGUCAUGUGGUUUAAACUCACUUUAGCCGCUGUUGUGCUCCUUAGCGCCAGCUGUUCAGCCAAGCAAUCUGACCCAAAAGUCCAAGUGUAUAGCCGCAAUCCUGGAGAGUUUGGCAAAAAGAAUGUGCUGAUCUGCCAUGUUAGUGGCUUCCAUCCUCCUGACAUCACCAUUGACCUCCUCAAGAAUGGCCAGGAGAUUCGUAACACCAACCAGACAGACCUGGCCUUCGAACAGGGCUGGGACUUUCACCUGACAAAGUUCGUGGACUUCAAUCCCCAGACUGGAGAGGUGUAUGCCUGCAAAGUCCGACACUUGACGAACGUUAAGAUCUACACAUGGGAGCCUGACAUGUGAAUUCAAAACACAAUUAGAAAUACCUGAAAUCAACACUUCACCCUUUCCCUGCAUUUACUCCAGAAAUUCUCCAAUACUGCAAGCUCAAUCAUACGCACUUGCUUUGAAUAUCAUGAUGGCAAUGUAAUUUUUCUCCUUCAGUUUUUUAGGAUGCUGCCUCCUAUGAUGUUAAGACUGUCAAAAGCUGAAUGCUUUCAUUUUUGAUAAGAGCUUCCUAACUUUUAAAGCCCAAAGUAUACUUCGGAUUUGAUGCAAAUGCUCAGCGUCUGUGUACAGUGGAACGUGAGCUGUCGAAGUUUGCUUAAUUUUACUGUGCGCGCAUACACAGGCGGUAUGCUGGACUAUUUCCCUUCAGGAGUUUAGACACAUAAAAUAUGUCUUUAUAUUCUUCAGACUCGAGUUAUACAAAUGCCGGUAUCUCUAGACCUCCUCACACAUGCACUCUUGACGUGCACAUCCACUGUUGUUGUUUCCACAUUCGUCUUCUGUUGUUUAGCGGCAAUUACAUCUUAUUCUAGCGCUUCUUUGUGACUGCUAAUGCUCAAAUGUGAGUGUUGUCAUCUUGUGGAUCCACUAAUUAGUGCAAAUACUCCAGGGGCAUGCGCGUUCAAAGAUGCGCAGUUUGAAAAAUCGGGCUACGCACGUUCAGUGCUCAAGCACACUGCUGAUGACGAGAUUUGCCUGACGCGUCAUGUUAGUGGACGCUCGGCGUUCAUGUCUGACCGAAGUACACUUUGGGAUUGAACUGUUUAUAUUACUGUAGGUGUGUGGCUUUAAAUACCAAUUCAUGCACUGGGUGUGAAAAUUCUUGACUUUGUUUAUUCUUCACAACAUAAGUUAUUUCUUCAACAAAAUAUAUUUUAUUUUGAAUUGUAAUUUUCGUUUUAUAAUUCAGGAAUAGUAAGCUUUUGAUUUCAGUUUCAUAACUCGUGCAGUCAUUAGUUUGAGCAAGUUUUUUGCUGAAAAAACAAACCCUUAAAAAGCUUUUAAUUUUCCCUUGAAAAUGAAACAGAAGUUCAUGUAAAAAUCAGCGAUGAUACAGGUAGAUAUACAUUUUUAAACAUUAGAAAUUUAGGUAAAACAUUUCUUCUAUUUUAAUUAAAUUGCAUUAAAUAAAUUGCAUUGAGAACAUACAACUGACAUUGUAAUGUUUGUAAUUGUAAUUUGGAUCAAUAAAAUAUAUAUUUUUUUCCUCCUUAA